ACAGAACUUAGCUGCAGAGGCUAGCUGCACGUCAUUGUGGUCGGUGACACCCCACCACAACCAAUCUUGCCCUGGACUUGACAACACAGCACCUUGUCAAACUUUGGAAGUUCGGCGCCGGAGCCCACGAGUUCCCCGGCGUCCGUCUAACCUCAGUCCGAUCUUAAAGCACUGUGCCUCAACGAUGGAUACCAGCUAUCUGGCACAGCAGGUCAACACAAUAAUUGACCAGCUGCAUGGUUUGUUUGACGAGAUUGGAGUUCCCAACCAUGAUCGCGAGGCGCGCGAGGCAGAGCUCUUCGAGGCUCUGUCCGACGCAUUACAUAACCAAGUGCGCCUUGUUGCAGCAGAGAAGAAAGAGAUGGUCGACGAAGCGCAAAAGAUGAUCACCACGAUCCGGCAGAUGGAAGCCUCUCUCGAUGAAAACAAGUUGCGCCGGAGCUACCAACCCGACGACAACGACGAUCUGAAAAUAACCUAUCCUCUCACGAGGUGUCUCCAGGUCCUCAAGGAGAAACACAAGCACAUCGCCCGCCUCCAUAGAGAGCGAUAUGAAGAAGUCAAGAAACUGGCCCAAGCGCUCGAGUCUUAUUCGCUUCAUCUCGAGCCAAGCUUCGUCAAGCUGGCUCUUCCACCAACGGGACCAAACCAAUCCAUUCCGCCUAGCUUCGACCUAUCCUCGGCCUAUGUGGAUAAGCUGGAUGCCGAGUUUACGCGCGUGUAUGAAGAGUACACGCGCCGCGUGGCGACAGUGAAGACGCUAGCCGAGAAUAUCAUUCAACUGUGGGCCGAACUCGGAACGCCGCAGGCGCAGACGGACGGCGCGAUUGUCAAGUACUGUCGCGAUGCGCCCGAACAGCUCGGUCUCCACGAAGAGGACAUUGCUCGGCUGCGGUCCAAGAGGGACAAGCUCGCGGAGGAAAAAAAGAGCCGCGAGAGGCGCCUGAAGGACCUCAGGAGCGCAGUAGAAGCCCUCUGGGAAAAGCUGGGGGUCGAGGAAAGGGAGCGUAAGGCGUUCUUGAACAGCAACCGCGGUUGCGGCAUCCGGCAGAUCAAUGAGUUUGAAGAUGAGUUGGCCAGGCUGAACGAACUCAAGAGACAGAACCUGCAUCUGUUUGUUGAAGAUGCGCGCUUCAAGCUUCAGGAACUCUGGGACGCCUUGUAUCUCUCGGAGGACGAGAUGCUCGAGUUUACCCCUGCCUUUUCAGAUGUCUACAGCGACGCUCUUCUUGAGGCGCACGAGCAUGAGAUUGCUCGGCUGGAAAUGCUGAAAGAACAGCGUGCCCCGACGCUCGCUCUCGUUGAUAAGCACAAGAGCCUUGUGCACGAACGGGAUGAGUUAGCAGCCUCGAGUCAGGAUGCGUCGCGGCUGAUGCUGCGCGGUCAGAAGGGCGAAAAGCGGGACCCGGGCAAGCUUCUUCGAGAGGAGAAGAUGAGAAAGCGGAUUGCGAAGGAACUUCCGAAAGUCACAGCUGAGUUGCGCAAGGCGCUGGAGAAGUGGGAGGACGAGUACGGCCGGCCGUUUCUCGUACACGGAGAGCGGUAUCUUGACUGUCUCGAGGGCGAGGACCCGAAGCCAGCACCGGGCCCUAGAUCCAGGACGCCUGGUCCGACGCCAACGCAAGCAAGCACGGGCAAUGCCCCACUUAGCCGGGCCAAAAGCGUCAACAGCAUCAAGUCUGGGCCAAGGGUUGGAGCCAAGACGCCGACAACUGCGCCGGCUGCGAACACGGCCAAGUCAAACGGGACUCUCCGCGGGGCACCGGCAAACAACAAGGGCAGCCCAUCGCGAAUUCCCGCGCGGCAGCCACUCUCGAAUCUCAAACAUGGCGGUAACUCCACCGAUCGCCCAACCCGGCCAGAGUCAAGGGUCGGAGGGGGCAGUGUCCGUUCGGUCAAUCCUGUCCUAAGGGCGCCGCCGCCGAAGAUGCGAGAGCUGUUGCCGGCACCAGAGCUGGAGACGCCAGUGAACCAUUAUCGAUCUGUCCUGGGGUCCAGCAUUGUCCGGCAGGUUGAGCCGGAGGAUGUCUAUGACGACAGGGAAGAGAGGUAUUCCUACGAGGAAAACAGCAGACCGGCGUCUCGGGACUAUUACGCUCCGCGACCAGAAUCGCGGGCUACCCAGCAUUCGUAUGCGCAGGCGCCGCCGCCGCCACCAGUACGACAGACCUCCAAUACAUCGACCGUCGUCACGGGCUCUGAGAACUGGGAGACGUAUGACGACAACUCGGAACCAGAGGAGGACCUUUCGGACGCGUAUUUUGCGAGGUUGCGUGCCGCGCGGGCGGCGGGCAAGCGGGUCACUCCCGAGGCAAUCUACGGGAGGCCGCAAGCCGCCAACAUAAAGCGGUAUCGGGGCAUCCCGCCCGCUUAUGCCGGGCAGGGCACGGUGGACCGCGAAGGCAACCGGAUCAUUUCCGGGAGCGAGUGGACCGAUGAGGACGCUGCCUGAUGGGCAGAGCUCUGGUAUAUGUCUGGGAUGACGGGUAUGAAUUACGGCGGCCACGACGACAUGUCUUGCUUGAUUGGGCAGCCAUAUGCGUUGAUGUCGCCUGCACUGUGUUGUCGGAUGCUUGUGGGGGGUCGGGCGAGGCGUUGGAUGCAGUUCGCAACUGCGUGUUCUCUAUUAUGCGACAUACCUGCUUCUUUCUUUUUCGUCUCGGCAUUCAGUGA